CUUCUACGUUAAAUGUUUAUGCUUUUUUUCUCUUUCUUUCCUUAAAUUUCUCGAUCUCGAUUCAGAUCCCAUCAUCAACAUCAUCGUUUUCGAUCAGAUGAAUAGAUAGGCAGAUAGUAAUGCAUUUUAGCUAGAGAGAGAAAGAGAAACACAGACAAAUUAAGAGAGAGAGAGAGAGAGUAAUGGCGGCGGUGUCACCAUUAGCAAAGUACAAGCUGGUGUUUCUGGGGGAUCAGUCCGUCGGCAAAACCAGUAUCAUCACCCGCUUCAUGUACGAUAAAUUUGACACCACCUAUCAGGCAACCAUUGGCAUAGACUUUUUGUCGAAAACAAUGUACCUAGAAGAUCGAACAGUUCGCUUGCAGCUCUGGGAUACUGCUGGACAAGAGAGAUUUAGGAGUCUGAUUCCCAGCUACAUUAGAGAUUCUUCGGUUGCAGUGAUAGUCUAUGACGUUGCUAAUCGACAGUCAUUCUUAAACACUUCGAAGUGGAUUGAGGAAGUAAGAACAGAACGUGGCGGUGACGUUAUUAUUGUCCUCGUGGGAAAUAAAACUGAUCUUGUCGAUAAACGGCAAGUCUCGAUUGAAGAUGGGGAUGGUAAGGCUCGUGAAUCGGGAGUCAUGUUUAUAGAGACCAGUGCUAAAGCAGGUUUCAAUAUAAAGCCUCUCUUUCGAAAAAUAGCUGCUGCGUUGCCCGGGAUGGAAGCUCUUUCUUCCACAAAGCAGGAGGACAUGGUCGAUGUGAACUUGAAGCCGACAUCAAAUGCAAACCAGAACGAUCAACAGGGCGGUGGCUGUGCGUGCUAGAGAUUGUAAGAAAGUUAGGAGGUGGGGAAGGGACGGCUAAUUCUCAGUGAGGAUGCAAGUCUCCAACUUUUGAUACAGUUUGGACACUGCUGAAACAGGUUUUUAUGGGACUUAGGAUUGGGAUUCAUUGAUACAUACUAUGAUACUGCUUACAGAACUUGAUUUGAUUAGCAGGUUGUAUAAUAUGUUUCUAGAUCAUGUGUUUGGUUGUAUCGUCGUAUAGAAAGAAAAUCAGCAUUUUGCUUUAUGCAUAUAUGUAGAAGCAAAACUCCUUACAGCUGCACAUGGCUGGAAAACCUUCUUUGGUUUGGAGAGAAACUAGUUUAAAAUUUUUGACAUACAACAGGUUUUUCAAAGGUUUGUGAUAACUACAAAUGCUCCUGUUUUCGAAAAUUAUAAAUACUCUCGUAAAAUUACAAAUACACUAACAAAUAGUCCCUGCAAGGAGCUAAGGGGGUAGUUAUAUCUGCUGUUAUGCAAAAUUUCAAGUACAUUUACAUCUACACGAUGUCAGAGGCAAAAAAUACACAAAACCCCGAAAACAAAUUAUAUUAACGCCUCUUUAGAGAUGUACUUAUAUUAGACCUGAAGUCCGGGACAGUGAUGUAAUUUACCCUAGUUACAUUUAUUGUAAUAACUCAUAUUCUUCAGCCUUCAAAUAUAGACAAACAUCUUCAGAUACAGAAAAUGAAAUCAAUCAAAUGAUCUGCUAAGAAGACAGGCAGACAUAGAUUCAGCUCCAUCACAAAAUCUUACUAUGAAAGGUAAGAUAAUUGGCCAAGAACAUAGUUUAUGAUUUUGCCAACGAAACCACAACAAAUCCUAUAUUGAGAAUAGAACCGAAAAUUUGUGUACAAUGAAGUAUCAGUUGGAAAGUGAAGACGCGGUUACAGAGUUCCUAUG